AUGCCGUCCAAGGCCAGCCGUCGCAAGCGCAACAACAGCGGCAACAGUGGUAGCAACGGCGACAAAGCAGUGCAGCAGACCCGGCUACGUGGCUUUCAUCUGGCGCAACGGCUCCACCAGGCCAUCGUCAACGACGACGAUGAUGCGCUGCGGUCCCUGCUUAAGCAGGGCAAGAACGUCAACCUCUGCGACAAAUAUGGCCGGACCCUGCUGCAUGUGGCUGCAGCGUGCGGUGCCGUCCGCUGCUUGAAACACCUGAUCCAGCGAGAGGAGGUGGAUAUCACCAUCACUGAUGAUGAGAAUGCCUGGACGCCCCUGCACAGAGCAGCCUUUCACGGCCAGGUGCACGCAGCGGUCCUGCUCAUGGAGAGCAAGACACCCACCAGUCGCAGCGUGGACACCAGUGGCUGUACACCCAUCGACCUCUUCACCUCCGACCUCGAUGCCCUCACUAAUGCACCAACGCUGCUCACGCGAAAAGAAGAGCUUGACAUUGCACGAAGCAUGCUCAAUCCAUCAGCGGCGCUGUCACGGCACCGCCAGCCACUCCGCAGCCACAGACAUGUGGGCGGGCAGCCGUUGCAUGCAGGCAACGCCAGCCAUGGUCGCUCGUAUCACGCACACGACGCCAACGGUGAUGACGAUGAUGAUGAGGAGGAGGACGAUGAAGAUGAGGAUGAGGAUGAGGAUGAUGAUGAUGACGACUUGCUGCUGUUGGGCGGCUUUGGGUUUGGCAUUGGCAGUGGUGGUCGCAAUAGUGGUGGUAGCGGGGGUGGUGGCGGCAAUCAGUGGGCUGCACUGGCCAACUUGCUCAGCAGCGCACACCCGUCAGAGGUGGCACCAAUGGAGCAAACACAGGCUGUGAGCUCGGAUGUGUACGGCCACGUGUACACGUGGGGAUCGAACAUCAACUUCACGCUCGGCCACGCCGACGAUGCGAACCGCUCGCACCCGCAGCGCAUCACAGCAGAGAAGCACCUCCGGUCCUCGCACGACGGCUUUGUGGCGGUGUCGACGAACAAGUUCCACACGGUGUUCGUGGCGAGCGACGGCCGCGUGUAUGCGUGCGGUCACAACCACCUCGGCCGCUUUGGCACGGGUCGUGGUAGCAAGUCGCAUCUUGAGCCCGUGCACAUCCCCGUCUCCUUCACCUGCGACUCAGCGGUCGCCGGCAGGGACCACACGCUGUUCGUGUCGCGAAAGGGGACAGCGUACGCGUGCGGCAGCAACGACGUGGGCCAGCUGGGCAUCAUCUCUGUCGACGUCGCGCCAACACCCGUGCCGAUCCGAUUUGGUGCAGGGGUGAAGGUCCUUCGCGUCGCAGCGUCAAAGUGCCACUCCGUCUUCCUGACAACGCACGGCCUGUACAUGUGCGGGCAGCAGAACGGGCAGCUGGGCCUGCCCUCCAGCGUGGUAGCACGCGACGCGCACACGAAAUCGCCGCAACUGGUUGCGCUGACAUCCGACCUGACACCGGUAGACAUUGCCGCGUCGGAGGCCGUGACGGCGUGUGCGACGACAUCGGGGAAGCUCGUCGUCUUCUCACACUUCAAGAAGCGCGUGUUUUCGCCAGAGUGGCGGAGUGCGGGCCUUGAAUACCAGCUCGUUCUCGAGUCGUACACCGCCGUGCGCGCGUCCAAGCGAGAUUUCGUCAUUGCCAUCACGCGUUUGGGCCGCGUUCACCUCCACCACCGCGGCGUGAUUUAUCCUGUCGUGUUCCGUACGCCCAAGCCCAUCACCGUCAUCGACGCCGCAAUCGGCGUGCACGAGGGGCGGAUUGUGCUGGUGGUGGCGACAGCGGAUGGACACGUGAGCACGUGCUCAUUCACCGUCGAUGACGUCAAAGCAAAGGACAAACUUGGACUUCGCGGCGUGACUCUCACCACCGUCUCAACCUUGUUCCAAGUAACCGCUGUUGCGUGCAGCCCGAGUGGAUAUCACUUUGCUGCCGUUCGCCAGCAGUACCGCAACCCGCUAUCCAUCCAUCCAUCCGCGCUGUUUCCAGAAGAGUACGCUGCCCCCGUACAGGAAAUUCACCCGAGCUUGCGUCAGGCGGAGGACUCGGAGGACAGCGAUGAGGAGCCGGAGGACCACGCUGCACCGAAUUUAGAACGCGAUUAUCGCCGGCAGCAGCGGCGGCAGCGCAGAGAGGCGGAGCGAGCAGAACAGCAGCAACGCCAGCAACAGGAGGAAGAGGAACAGAGACGCCGUGGGUUUGCCGUGGGCGCCGGUGUAAGCGUUGCCCCUGCAACCGUUGCUGGUCGAAGGCAUCGUGGUGGUGGUGGUGGUGGUGGUGGUGGUGCUGAUGAGGAUGAGGUGAACUUCUGGCAGCCGUAUCAGGAGCCAGCGGGCUCGGACUGGCAGACGACAGCGCAGCUGCACCACGAUUGGCACUGGGCUGCGCUCACAGGCACCGUGCACACCGCCGCACCCAAUGCAGUGGCGAGCACACGGCAACUGUACACCAUGUGUUGCGUGCUCGCCGACACGGCCGGCAGCUGGCAGACACACGCGCGUGCAAAUCGAGUGGAGGCAUUGGCGAAGAGGACGCCAGGCGGUAUUGCCGCUCGCGCGCUGGCAUGGAUUGAACGGACGCUGGUGGCUGCUGGUCGUUGUGGUGUGAACACUGACGGUACAGCAAAUGUUGGUCAGAGACAAGCUAGUGCGCCAUCAGCAUCAUCAUCAUCAUCAGCAGCAGCAGUAUCAUCAUCAUCGUCAUCACCAUCGUCAUUGUACAGCUCGGUGGCGCCUGGUGCCGGUGGGGCCGUGCUUGCAUGCAUGGACACGGCGUUCCUCGCGCAUCCAGACGUGUUUUCUUUCUUCAGCUUGCACAGUCCCGAGUGCAGUGACAGUGGUAGCAUGCACCGCACCAUGUCUGCGCUCACGUCGCUCCGGGCUGACAUCAUCAUCCUGGCACCACAUCAGCCGCUGCCGGCAAAGAGCCGCAACGCUGCUGCUGCUGGUGCUGGCGUUGAGAAGGGCAGGGACGCUGUUGCUGGUGGUGGCGAAGCCUGUGACAUGAUGGGCGGUCAGCAUGGGAAGAAUGAGAAGGUGUUUGCUGCAUCUGUUGCCCACAGCAGCAUUCUCAGCAGUCGCCCAGAGGCAACGGCCAUCCUCGACACGCUCGCAGACACCGCUGCACAAUUUGACGUGGCAGGACGGACGGUGACAUUGUUUGUGGUCAACGCGUUCACCCAUACGCACGUGCGCUCAGUCCUGCGGCUCCUGUACACGGGGCGCAUUGACGAGGUGCUGUCCUCCGUGCGUGAGCUGACGCAAUCGGGCCUAAACGCCGCAUUUCGCACCCGUCCAUCGCGCCCUGCAUCACACACGUGUUCCUUUGCCUUCUUCUCGUCGUCCACCACAGCUGCGCCUGAACACACCACCACCACCACCACCACCACCACCACCACCACCACGACUCGUGGUGGGGAUGGCGAUGCUGGCGGUGUUGCGCACGAAACACAUGGUGAUGGCGGUGAGACCAAGACCUCGUCGUCGGCGACUAUUGCGAAGACGACAAUGCGAGAGAAGAACAGCGCUGCUGGUGAGGCCAACACGGCUGCUGAUCGCACUCCACAUGGUGACACUGGUGUGCACGAAGGUGGUGAUGAUGAUGUGGAUGAUGAUGCAGCCAGUGUGGACACCACCAUCGCCAGCAUCAGCGACGCAGACGACCACGAUGACGACGUUGGUGCAGAUGGUGAUCUUGAUGGGUCACAGGAUGGGUCACAGGAUGGGUCACAGGAUGGGUCACAGGAUGGGUCGACGCCGCCAGCUGUGAUGAGUGCGCUUGACGCGCGCAUUCAGGCUAUGCUGGACAACCCUGAAGAGGCGCUCGCAGACGCACUGACGCCAACACCAUCUGGUGUUGCCCCCGCACCCGGUGACGGUGGAAGCGGUGAUGGAAGCGGUGACGCGACGACAACAGCAGCACAGCGUGUGGUGGUGCAGGAGGAGGGGGAUGGUGUUGAUGAGUUUGAGCUCAUGUAUGGCGACGAUGAUGAUGACGACGACGACGAUGAUGACGAGAAUGAGGACGAGGAUGAGAAUGAGGAUGCGGAAGGUGUGGCGAAGGUUGGAAGCGGAGCCGCGCAGGAGCAAACACAACCAGACGAAGACCACACAAAGACAGAGGAUGAGCAGCAGCAACGAGAUGAACAGCAACAGCAGCAGCAGCAGCAGCAGCACGAGGGUGCAUCUGCCACGGAUGCAACGACCCAUGAAGCCGCCGAACCAAGCACAACAGCAACAGAAGCAACAGCAGCAGGAGCGCUGCGUGCGCGUGUGCUGUUACCACGUGCGUUCGCCGCCACUCACGACAUCUCUCUCCCCGAACUGGUGGACGUCCUCUGCAACGUGGGUCAGUUUGAGAUGGCAGAGGAGAUUAUUGCCCGUGCGCGUGCAUAUGCAUGUGAUGGGCUGCGUGGUCAGCUUGCAACCAAGGCGACGUGGUUUGUGAACGCCAUGCUGGCGCGUGUGAAGGCGCACCGCCAGCAGUACCGCCGCGUGUACCGCCAUGUGCCAAAGCGGAACGAACUGAAGCGCCUGCUGGAGACGCAUGCGCACCACGAUGAUGAUGAUGACAACAACAACAACAACAACAACAACAACAACAACAACAACAACAACAAUAAGAAUAACAACAGCGGCACUGGCAACAAUGAUGCUGCUGGUUCCCGUGGUGGCGAGGACGAUGGCGACGACCACAGCAGCGAUGAAGCGAGACAGCGAGCACUGGAACGACACGCCGUGCUGUUUGACGCUGCUGUGCACGCUGUUCUGUGCAGCGAACGCAACACCGUUACUGCUGAUGACGACGAUGACGACGAUGAAAGCAACGGCGGGAUGGAGACUCGUGCUGUCACCAGUGCCAGUUAUGGGAGCAAAGGGAAGAAAGGCAGGAAACAGGGCAAGGGUAGCAAGAAACAACACCAACAACACCAGCGGCAGAAACAACACCAGCGGCAGCGCAAAAAACACGACAGACACGGCAGCCGUGAGUACGCUGCUGCUGCUGAUGAUGAUGAGGAGGAAGGCGAUGAGAUGACAGAGGUUGUCACCUUCCUGUUGAGCGGGAACGAGUUCAUCCACACUCACGCCGUGGGGAACUGCGACGUUGCUGUGUGCUGCGGCAAUACACGCUUCAUGCUGCCCAGCUCGGUGCUCGCUGCCUCAUCGCCGUAUUUCGGGGCCAUGUUUUCCCAUCGCUGGAACGAUGAUCCAGUGCAACGCGCGGCCAUCGACGAAGCGCAGCACGUGGCGACCAGUCUUGCUGCUCGUGGUGGCGGUGGUACUGCUGAUCAUAGUGGUGGUGAUGGUGGUGGUGGUGAUCAUCAUCGUCGUGGCAAGGGCCGUCGACGAAACCACAGCAGCAGCAGCAGCAAGAGCAGGAGCAGGACAGCAAGCUGUCGUGGUGCUGAUGCGAUGCCUAAUGGUGGUGGUGGUGGUGGUCACAACACAACCAGUGCCGGCAGCCACGGUGAUGGAGGCGAUGAUACGAAGGAGGGUGAGACAAAGGCACGGAGGGCACAGCAGGAAAGGGAUGUGGGCGUGUGGGGUGUUGGUGAGUGGUGCAAUGACGCUGACGCUGACGUGGUGGAUGCGGCGUUUGUGGAGGAGGUGAUGGAAGUGGAGGUUGAGCUUUCACCGGUGCUGUGGGAGCAGUGCCACCGUUCCAUCUUCCAUCAGCAGCUCAGUGUUGAUGACCUGCGUCCAAAUCAACUCAAGGACCUCAUUGUGUUUGCGGAUUACGUAAUGCUGGAGGACGUGCACGCGGCGGCACAGGAGGCGCUGGCAUCGCAGAUUGCGUCACACAACGUGGUGUCGUUCAUUGAAUUUGCGGACACCUUCAACGCAACACACCUCUACUACGCGUGCGCGCACGUCAUUGUCCGCAACCUGGAGCUGCUGCUGUGUCAACGCGCCCUCAGCAAGCUCGCCGAGCACAUUGUCACUGAUGUCACGCGCGUGUAUACUGCGAGUCUUCCGCGCCGGCCACUCGUCCUCGCUUCUCCAACGCCGGCCACGGACUAUGAUGCAGACUUGCUGCACCUCAUUCCAUACCGGACGGUGGAUCCGCGGACCGGCGCCACUGACGACAAAGGAGAGGAUGAAGCCCCGCCCAUUUGGAGGGCAGAUGUGUCCAAUGGAACGAGCGGCGGCGAUGGUGGUGGAGGUGGUGGUGGUCGUGAGAACGGUGAACAGGCCAUGCCCACUCUCUCACGCGAACAACUUGCAGCGCUGCCGCGGCGUGAGCAAGUGCUGGUACAGUUGAUGGGCAUGGGCUUUUCCCGCGCGGCGGCGAACUGGGCCAUUGAACGCCACGGCCUCACAGAAGCAGGGGUACUUCGAGCUGUACAGACGCUAGUGACGAGGCCAGAGGUGGAGGAAAUGUUUGGAGGACGCCGCGGGAGUGAAGCAGAGGGUAAGAAAGCAAAGAAGAAGAAGAAGAAGAAGAAGAAGUUGUCACAGCAGCCGCAGCAACAACAGCAGCAUGAGGGCGAAGAGGCGGCAGCUGCAGCGACACAACCGGACCAACAACAGCAACAAGUUGGAAGUGGUGAUGGUGAGCAGUGCGUGGAGGGAUCGAAGCAGCAACGGGACGCGGGCGCGUUUCCAUCACUCUCUGAAUCGUCACUGGUUACCGCAGUGAGCAAACGGCACAAGCGCAAGGCCAAGCAACAACAACAACAACAACAACAACAACAACAACAACAACAACACACGUGGGUGAGCACUUCAGCAAGUGCAGUGAAACGCACGCAAACGUCGCCGGCCACGCUGCAGCCCCCCUCCAAGCAAACACCAGCCAUGCCGCCGCCACCAACACAUGCCGCCGCCACCACGCCGACAACCGUUGAUUCGAACCAGCCCUCAAAAGCAGCAAGUGCGUCCAGCAAGCCAGCGAGUCUACUGGACAUUAUGGCCGAGGAAGAGAAGCACGUGCGUGAGAAGGAGAAGAAGAAGAAAGCCGAACAGCGGCGGCGGCAGCAGGAGGCGGAGAAGAGAAGAAAGGAACAGGUGGUGACACGACCUCUGUCGCUCGCUGACAAGUUGGCAGGACGAAGAAUGGCCACCAAUGCUGCCUCAUCAUCAUCAUCAUCAUCAUCGCCUCCCCCAUCUUCGUCGUCAUCAUCGUCACUGCCGUUGACUGCUGGUGCUGUGUCGCGCUCGUCCUCAGCGCCGUCCGCGUGGACAGCGGCGAAAGCACCGGACACACGCACACGUGCGCAACGCAGGAAGGCAGCGGCGACGCACGCGACAACACCACCGCCUCACUUUUCAGGCACGAAACCUCAGUGGGCAUCGACACCAACACCAACAUCAGCAUCCACAGUUUUGGCUUCAGCGCAGCGUGUGGGACCGCCAUCACCAUCACCAUCGUCGUCGUCAUCGGCGUGGGCUGAAGCCAUUGCUGCGCGCCCAACACCGCACGUGCCACUGCACAGCUCCUUCCACGACCUGGAGUUGGAGGCCACGCUUGAGCGGGAGUAUGCCCAGCCGAGCGCGGGCGGGAAGGGCAAGCUGAAGGGCAAGGCCAAGACGAAGCAGAAGUCGCGUGGCGGGCGGCAGCGAACGGUGAGUGGUGACGCAUCCAACCUGUUCACGGGAAAAUCGGCAGCUUCAUCCACUGCCGUGUCCUCUUCAUUGUCGUCGUCGUCGUCACCACCACCACCGUCGUCGUUGCCGUCGCGGUGGUCGAGUGGUGGCGCGUCCCAUCACGCCCCCGUGACGUCGCCAGCAACAGCGACAGCAACAGCGACAGUAGGUGUUGGCCUUGGAUCGUCACCGCUUUCUGCCAUGGCCAGUGCACCUAAAGCAACGCCACCGUCGUCAUCAUCGUCCCCGAGUGUGAAGGCGGGCGCGUUGUCAUCGGGCGUUUCGUCCGGUGGUCUUGGCGGCGGUGUGAAGAGUGCGUGGAAAUCCACAACGGAGAAGAGUCUUCAGAAAGCGAUGCAGGCCGCUGUUGAGGGCGGACAGACGCCCGGACAAUUUCUCCGGGAACUUGAGGCGGAGCGCGCACGUGUGCAGCGGCGGCGGCAGCGGGCGAUGCAGUGCAUUGCAAUUGAGGAGGCAGCCAUGCGUGACUUGGAGGACAUGUACAACGACGGCAACGACUACGAUGAACUCGUCACCAUCUCCCGCGUCGCAAAGCUCGUGUGA